UGUGUGUGUGUGCCUACGGUGUACAUAUAUAAGGGCCACGCUGAAAGACACACAGUGCAAGACUCAAACACCAGAGGAAACCUCAGGACUCACAGCGCACGGGCAGGUAUUUUUUUAGACCGGCACCAUGAGAAUCCUGCUAUGGGGUGUGUGGUUCUUCAGCCUGCUUGCCUACACGCUCAGUGACUGCCGGAGGGAGUGCAUGAACUGUCACAGACACUUGUACAGCCAUCAGAAUGAUUUCAGUCUCCUCAUCUGCGUUAUGGAAUGUGAAGGGAAGCUCUUUUCUAGAGCCACCUGGGGAUCCUGCAGCAAAGCAAUUGUGAAGACCUCUUUGACGCUGGGUCUCGACAGUCUAGAAGAAGCAGCUAAUCAGCCCUUCGAGAUGUGGGAUGGCAGCCUGCUCAGAGGCCGAAGUCACCUCAAACAGCUGGGUGACCGGACCAGAAUGGUGGAUCUCAGAAAGGCGGAAGAUGAAAAGCAAGUUUCCAAAGUGAGUAGUCUCAUUCGCCAACCGGAGACAGAAGAAGGUGCCAGCGAUGGAAGCCAAGUGCCGUUGGGAGACUUACAAGACCAGCUUGAGAUACCCAAGAGGUUGGGUGGUUUUCUGAGUAGACCCUUUGAUUAUGGGCAGAUGGCGGAACCUGCCGUUCAAGAGCUUCAGAAACGGUACGGAGGCUUCAUCGGUGUCCGAAAGUCGGCCCGGAAGUGGCAUAACCAGAAAAGGUUCAGUGAGUUCUUGAAGCAGUACCUUGGGAUGUCCCCACGAUCUGUUGACUACGAUGGCUUUGGUGAUGACCUGAAGGAACAGAAUGAGAUCUAGAUGGAUGGACUUCCUCUGGAUUUUCCCCCAUACCAUCAACAUGUAGUGAAUCAGUUUCAGAUCUGCCACAGCAAAAAAAGUCAACCCGUGGUCCUGGCAGAUGGCUUCUUGGCUGCCUGCACUGCAGCAAGCGAGCCCUUGCCAUCAGUGUCAAAGGGCAGUGUUUCUUCUGAAUAGUCCAGAUCCCUUGAUAUAGUAAUUUUUCUGCAAUUUUAACAGCCUAGUGCUACACACAUUUCCUUUAAAAUGAGUUUGAGGGGACUAAACAAAACUGAGGCCUAAUUUAAAUAUAAUGUUGGCUGAAAUGAAAGAAUUAUCCUGUGGGACUUUUCAGUUAAGUGGAGUGGUUUGCACAGGUCAUAGCCCAGUUUGAAUGAGAUGCUGUGCAAAUUUAGAGCCCCUUGGGAGUGUGUUUGGAUCUAGCUAGAGUAUUGUUUACCUUUAUUUAGACACAGGGAAGGUGACCUCCUAAAUAAAGUUAUAUACUCAAAAUUCCAGUUCCCAUUCUCUAUUGCCCAUGCUCAUUCCUGCGAGCAGCAGAAGGAAAAAUGGAGAUUGACAUCAAACCUUCCUCCCAUGCAUGUGACACUCUAGGAACUGGCCAGAUCUCUAUAGAAUUUACCAUAGAGUUUGGGAGGGUACUUAGGAGUGUUGUGGUGUCAUUUCUGGCAUACCUAACAUCCUUGUAACUUGUAUGUGACUAUAAGACAACCCCCUCUCUUUCCUUUGUCUUCUUUUUUUUGAUAAUUGCAUUCAAUAACAAUAUUACCAUUUCCAAUCCUAGAAACCAAAAAUAAUUAUUUGUUCCUAACCACCAAAUAUUACAUUCAAAAACAAAUCCUCUCUUUCUUGGUGGUACACCUGGGAGAGAAACUAGUCUUCCUUUUGGGGUAAAUACAAAUUUAUCAAAUUUAAGAUUUGGUCGGUGCAUUGUUGCAGAUGGAGGUUUAUUAGACUAAGAUGGUACACUCCUUAACUGUACAACUUUGCAUUCCGGGGGUGGGGAAAGAAUUUUAAUGCUCCCCUAAAUGUAAAAAAACCCCUCUGCAUAGUUCAAAGAUGCACAUCACUCUUAUGUGCUAGUGUACGCAUGCUGGAGCAUUUUUUUUUACUUAGGGGAGAAUUUUAUAAAUCAGCCAUUAUCCCUACAACCUGAAGUGGUUCAGUCUAGAAACCUAUCAUCUUAUGUCAAACAAUGAGUUGAUCAGCUUUUGCUUCCCAAUUACACUUGGGAUGCCGAAAAUAUAAGCAGUGGUGGUGCUGGAUCAGACCAAAGAUCUGCCUAGUCCAGCAUUUUGUUUUUCAUCAGGGCCGGUCUGAUGCC